AUAGUAAAUCGUAGUAAACGCAUGAGGGCCGGAAAUGACAAACCAUGCAGCAGACCCUCUCGUACUCAUCUUCAUCGCCAUCCCCAUCCCCGAUGCCCACGCCAGGAGCGGCAUCUGCUCCGCCGAAUCCCGAUCCGAGCCAGAAACCGACGACGCCGAAACCGAAACCUCGUCCCAGGUCCACUGCGGGCAUCAACAACAGCUUCCAGCCGGCCGUUAUUCCGGUUGACUACAGCUACAGCACCCACAGCCUCGCCCACACCCGUUCCAUACUCUCCGCCCACUCGAUGGCUCCCUCGACAUUCGCCUCCAACCAGAGCUUUGUCCGGCAACCCUCCGUGUCGGAUGGCCAGCCCUACAGCAGCCUGUUUGGGGAUCCGGUGCCCCCACCCCUCCAGGCGGAUGAAUACUUCGGAACAGCCGCCUUUGAGGCCCUCAGGAGCGGAUCUGUGGACCUGCCAAGUUCCGAGGAGGAUGCCCUGGUGGCCGCCGUGGCACUAAACGCCCUGCUACCCGCUACCAGGGAGCGAAUCUUUCCCAGUGUUCCAUACUCCAGAAGUCCACGGAGAUCGCUGCUACCCCACCUUCAGCCCCCUGACAUUCAGAUACUGCCCAACUCCAGUGGUGGCUCCAGUUCCGAGCACCUGGGCUCGCCCAACUAUUGCCUCCUGGCUCCGGACGACAUUCUCAACAAGCCGGACAUGUACGAAUUGGAGAAUGCUAGUGAGGAGUACACCUCAGUUGGUCCUCGUCUGUCCUUUGGAAACGAAGACGACGAGGAUGUGGACGUGGAGCCAGCCAGGACUCCGAGUCAGAUGGCCGCCAAGUUGAGUGUUUCCAGCAUCAACACGGAGGAUCAUAGGGGCCUGCUCAGCGACACGUACUCCGGCCGAGAUUGGUUCCGACCGGCGCCGCAGCACUUCCCGGAAUUCACACGCAUUCCCCGGCUGCGACCAAGCUCUAAGAAUAUUAUGUCCAUGAAACAGGAUGAGGGGCCGCUCUCGCCUCUGGCCACAAUGAUCCAGGACAUGAACAGCUCCAGUAGCGGCGGCGAGGAGCGCGGAUCAGAAGCCCAGGACAAUGGGAGAUUAGAGAUCGCCAGGGACCUAGUACUUUCACCGAAGCAGUAUCUGGAAGAGCAGCUUAUUCUCGAUUUAGGCGCCCGGCAAAGAGGGCUCCAGGACUAUGACAUGCCCCCGCCGCCAGCUGCACCUCCUCCUUUUGGAAGGACAUCACUAACGGAGGAGCCAGAGGAUGACCAAAGCAUUGGACGGGCCUCCAGUUUAAAGCGGGAAAUGUCACCGGUUAUCAUCAGGGAUUCCAUACCCAUGGGUGGGGAUUAUAGAGUGGACCAGCCACGGCCCCACAAGAAGACUGCUUUCACCAUACUGUCCCCGGGACAGGCGAUGGCUCCGGCUGCUCCACCACAUCCGCGAAGGACUAGCCAGUCCACCACGCCUAGCAAGCGACACGCUUCUAUCCAGUCGACAUCGACGACUACCUCAUCGCUGCUGGCGAGGAUCAGUCCAAGGCGGAGAUCGAUUUUUGGGUCCGAUCCACGACUGCCGGAGCUUCCAAGCCACCUGACCACGGACGACUCCCCCCGACCUUCGGUCCAAUUCAACAUGAGCGGCCGUUACAGCAAGCUGGCCACUCCGCAGAAGGGCAUCCUCCAGCAGAGGGACUCGCUGACCUCAUCCAUCGACACCUUCACGCCCAGAGAUCUGAGGAGACGGGGCUCAGUGGGCAGGAGUCCCGCACGGGGCCAGGGACUACCUUAUGGCCAAAAGAUCAAGAGCAUGGAGUCUCUCCCAAUGAUUACGGAUCCCUAUCGCAGCAGCUCCAUACCUCGUCUGCAUUAUGGCUCCAAUGUGGAACUAGAUGUGGGCAAGGAGCAAGCGGUUUUUCCUCCGGGAGCACUGCCGCGUCCACUGAAGCCAAAUCUGAAUCCCACAAGAAGCCAGCGUGGCCUCCUGAAAAUCAUCAACAAGGAGGAGCCCCUGUCCACCCACCCGCCGCGUUCCAACUGGACCAGCUUGGACGAUCUGAGCCGACCCACUGCCCACUUCCAGGCGAGGCGUCGCUCCAGCUCCACGUCCCCGGAAAGGCGGAGCUCCACCCAGACGGCCUCGGAUCGGAGGAGUUCCAAUCUCAGCACUGUUACCACCUCGGACUUUAGUUUUCGCCGACCCUCUUCGCUGGCCGCCACACUGCCAGGAUCUCGGAUGCGUCGCAAAUCAAUCCAGGCUCCGAGUCCCAAUAGGAUACCCAACAGAAUACCCAGUUUCAGUCCCCGCCGUCAGUCCAUCUUCCAGAGAGAUUCAAAGCCUCAGAGCCGGCAUGGGAAGAUUGCCAAGCCUAGUACACUUUCUCCCAUUAUUGGAACACCUAAUAAGGAUAGUAGCUCAGCCCAGAGUCCCACGCACAGAUCCUCUCUGCGGGGAGGAGGUGCUAUGAGUGGAGACACUCCCUCGGAGGUGUCCACAGGGCGACGCGAUUCCAUUUCCCGCAUACCCAUUCGCAAAAGUCCCGAGUCCCGAUCCAGUUCACCAGUAAAGGAUUCUUUCGGGAUCACUGCCUCCGGGAGAAGUUCCAGGGCUAGUAUCAGCCGGUCGCCCACAAGGGCAAUGAUGAACCCUAGCAGGACUCCCUCGAGGGAAAGUGGACGGCUUGGCGACUCCCGCUCCGUUUCAAGAGGCCCACCUUCGAGGCCAACUUCGCGUCUCGAUCAUGUCAGCUCUCGGCAAGAUAUGUCCAUCUCCAGGGGCAACUCCAGAGCCAAUUCCCGCCUGAGCAUCAACUCCUCUUCACUGAGAUCCUCUAGCGUCUCUCCAGCAACAAUGGCCAGGAACAGGAGUAUGCCCAACCGUCGAAAGUCCAUCUCCCCGAGUCCAGCCAGCUCCAUGAUGAGUCGUCGGAAAUCCAUUAGCCCCGGGGCACUGAGCCAGGCACGGAGAGGAGUGGUUACCAGUCGGGGAAAACCCGAGAAACCAGACAUGCUUUCCCGCCGGAAUUCCCGCUCCCGCAUACCCACCAGAGAGGGCAAAUCCCCACCCCAGUCCUCCACCACCAAAAAGAGAUCCAAAUCGCCGGAAAAGGCGAAAACGCCGGGCACCACGCCCAGGAGUAGCAGAGCUGGAAAGGUGGUGACGGCCAAGAGCCAAGGAAGCCCCAAGUCGAAGGUAAAGAUCCCUGCAAGUGCCAAAGCCAAGCCGAAGACGGAAACCACGCAAAAGACGCCUGCAAAGCCCUUAAGGAAAACGCCAACAGGAGCUAAGCCAGCAUCGGAAGCCAAAAAAGUCUCGCCCCCGAAGGAAUCCAAAGCGGAGAAAGGCAAGGAGAAGGACAAGGAAAAGACUAAGCCAGGAGCUGCCAAGAAGAAUGGAAAGGAACCGCUGGCCACCACAAAAACUAAAACGCCACUGAAUAAAAGCAAAGCCCCCGGAGGAGCUGCGACUGAAACCAAAAAGCCCGGAGGAACCAAAGCACACGGUAUGGUUCUCGAAAAAGGAGCAAACGGAUCAGCCUCAGCAACGGAUAUUCCUCCUCUGGCUGCCCAGGUGGGCAAUGCCGUGCUCCAGGCCGUGGAAGCGGUGCCAGCUGUUACCAGUGAAGUCCCUGUGCCCUCGACACCUGGCGGAAAAGGAUCUGGUGGUGGUAACAUGUCCAAACUGGUCCGGAUGAGCUCUCGCCUGAGUCUGCUGAGCAACAAAAAUCGUGCGGAUUCCCCGCAAAGCCGAAAAGUGGCCACUGUACCGGAACAUGCCAGAGAAAGUGAAGGUGCUCACGGCUCACAGCCCAUGUCCAAUGAUGCUGCCGCCAUUCUGGAAAAAUCGCAAAAAACCCUGGAGACCAUUCAAAAGACCGUCACCGAGGCCACUGAUGAGAUCCACAAGACCAUUACCGAGAAUCUUACGGAUCUAAAGAGUCUGGAAAAUGACUUGGCCGAAGGAGCCUCGCCUACCCCCAGCUCUACCACUAUGGUGGCCAGGACGGGUGAGUCCGCCUCUCGCACUGGCACUGCUGAUGGCAGCAUAGCUCCCCAGAGUUCCGGGGAGCAGGCCAAGUCACCGUUCCCGCCCACACAACCCAUCGAGGCAGCAGUUUCGGUGCUGCAUCCUCCCAACGAGAGUUCCGCCGACCGGAUAUCUAGUGUUCCGGAGGCUGAGUGCGAGAGCUCGGACAUCCCCACCGCCUUGGAUGCCUCGGAGGCGGAACUGGGUGGCCAUGUAAUGCCUACGCCGGAGAGUGGAGCUGAUUUCAAGGUGGAUGCCAAGCGACGAUCGCCGGACGGACAGGGCGGAUCCACGGCUGGCAGUGGCGGUCCGGGAAAAAGCAGCAGCCAGGAGUUCCUCGAGGAAAAGGACAAUAAUGCCAAGAAGCGCGGCCAGUGCGGCGGCUGCUGUACGAAGCUUUUUAUGCCCUGCCGCCGCUCGCGCUGCUCCCGCUGCUGUUGCCUGCCCCGAGACCGCGACUCUGACGGCAACCUGUCCGCCGAGAACCAACCCGUCCUGUGGAGCGGCCAGAGCAGCGCCACCACAGCCACCAAUGUCCAAGUGAUUGACGAGACCAAGCCAAAGAAGCGAAGAAAGUGCACCGACUGGCUGAAGUCCAGCUGCUGCCGGAGCUGCCGCAAGAAACCCGGGAACGUUGAAGAGGAGCAACCAGUGCGGCCGGAGCAGCAAAAGACCAAUAUGAGUACGGGACCAAAGGCGAGAGGCAAGUGUGGCCUCUGCCUGAGCAAGGUCUUCUGCUGUCGCUCCGUCAACAAGGUGGACCCUACCACUGGCGACGAGACGGAGGUGAAGAAAUGCUGUUUCUGCAUUCCCUGUCGAGGUCGUGGAAGCCGCAGCCCCAAAAAGGGCAGUUCCGUUUCCUGGCGCGAUCAAGAUCCCGAGUUGGGCAUCAAGCCCACCGAGUCCUCAGUGUUGGAAGGUGCUUCGGAGGCGGCAGUAUCCACAGCAUCCAAUGCGGUGGAUAACCAAGUUAGAGAGGGAUGUUGCAAGCGAUUCUGGUUGAUGUUGCUAUGUUGCCGCAAAAAGAAACGUCGAGAAUCGAAUGCUCGGAGGCAGAGCAUCAAGGCGCCACCCCCCAGUGAGGACACUCGAAAAAAGCUUCACGUGGACCUGGUGGAGUACACCUCCAAAAUGAAGGGUGCAAUACCAGUGUUGCCCUUGUACUUGGCCUGGUUCUGUGCUUUUUGCAAUGUAGUUUUCCCCGGUUUGGGAACCCUCCUUUCGGGUCUCUUUUGUCUGUGCGUGGGCAUACCACGAUUCUCCCAAUUCGACAGUGCUCGGGCCAGGAUUGGAUCAUUCAUAAUUAACAUCAUUGUGGCGGUGUCGCAGUUUUUCUGCGUGCUCUUUUGCUUUGUGGGCUGGGGCUGGUCCAUUUGGUGGGGCACUAUAAUGCUGAGAUGUGCAAAGAAACUGAGCAAAAUCAAAAAGGUGGAACGCUUGGAGCUGGAGGAGGAGCAGCGGCAGGCGCAACUGGCGGCCACUGCGGCAAGAAAUGGCGAUGCCGAGGCGGCACCUGCCGCCGCCGUGGCCAAGACAUAGUCCUCCGAUACCGGAUACGAAUAAGAUGCUUUUAUACCCAGAAAUUGUGU